CACUAAUUUAAGAGCAAAAUUUUUUCAUAUAAAAAUAAAGUAUUCUUUUGUGGUGCGUGUAAAGAUUUUUAGAGGUGGUAUUCGCUGCACCUUAUUUCGCCAAAGUCGCUCGAGUGUUGCCAGCGCCUUGGCCUCCGAUUUGAAAUCGGAGAGAUCCUCAGUUCGGGCACGCAACGGUCGCGCGUGGGCAGGUUUGGCUGACUUCAUUCUACUUGUUUCGAAGAAAUCGCUGGAGUUCCACACCAAUCAUCGUAAGUGAAGUUGGCUAACUUAAGCCGUUGAAAUGUGGCUGUCGUCAGUUACAUGGUGAGCACAUGAUCCUAUAAACCAAAGAGAUGGCACUCAAGGGAAAAGACCCUGGAAAGGGCUUCUCCCCAGCCCGAAAGGCUCUGUCAAGAUCUGGCAUUGGCUUAUGCCGCUCCCCCAGGCGUGGGCUGUCCACAUCUUUCCAAGGGAAAUCGACUCCGUCAGGAAGAGCUGGUGCCAGGCCAGCUGGAAGACUGGGUUCACGACCUGCAUCAGCUAUGAAGGGCUCAUCCGCCAACAUGAAAGUUAUUGUGCGGGUUCGUCCCAUGAGCAAGAGGGAAACAGAAAACAAUUCUAGGGUCAUAGUUGAAGCGGUAGAUGAGAAAAUGGUUGUGUUUGAUCCGAAGAAAGAAGAAGAAGACUUCUUUUUUCAUGGUUCUAAACAGAAAGGCAGGGACAUGCUUAAAAAGCAGAACAAAAACACCCAAUAUUUGUUCGACAGAGUGUUUGGGCCUGAGGCUUCAAAUGAGGAUGUGUUUGAAGGGAGCACCAAGAACAUAGUAACAUCAGUUUUGGAUGGUUAUAACUGCUCAGUAUUCGUGUAUGGUGCCACUGGAGCUGGAAAGACAUUCACUAUGUUGGGUUCACAAGAUAAUCCUGGUAUUACAUUUCGAACCAUGGUUAAUUUAUUUACGCAAAUGGAUGCUCAAAAAGAUGAAAAAACUUUUGAAAUUGGAGUUUCUUACUUGGAGGUUUAUAAUGAAACUGUGAAGGAUCUGUUGAACCCAUCCUCUGGUGCCCUUUUCUUGAGGGAAGAUGGUGCAGGUGUUGCGGUGGCUGGCUUGAAGAUGGAGCGCAUUGUUGAUCCCGAUCACAUGUUUAAGCUGUUAGAGAAUGGCAAUAGGAAUAGAUCGCAACAUCCGACAGAUUCCAAUGCAGAAUCCUCUAGAUCUCAUGCUGUCUUCCAGGUUUUCAUUAAGAUGAAAACUAAAGCAAAUGGUCAGACAAAAGUGGUCAAGCUGUCAAUGAUAGAUCUUGCUGGGUCAGAACGAGGUGCUGCAACGGGGUGCACUGGUGCAAGAUUCAAAGAAGGUUCCAACAUCAACAAGUCUCUUCUAGCUCUCGGAAAUUGUAUCAAUGCCUUAGCUGAUGGACUCAGACACAUCCCAUACAGAGACUCUAAGUUGACUCGCCUUCUAAAAGAUUCACUUGGUGGAAAUUGCCAGACUGUGAUGAUUGCUAAUUUGUCCCCAGCUCAUCAAACUUACGAAGAUACUCAAAACACUCUAAAAUAUGCAACAAGAGCCAAGACAAUUAAAUUUCAGGUUAAACGGAAUAUUGUGUCAGUUGAGCUUCAUGUAUCACACUACAUAAAAAUGGUGGAGGAUUUGCAAGGAGAAAAUGACCGUUUGAAAAGUGAAAAUGCCCAGCUGAAAAAGGAUUUGGAAGAUCUGAAAGCCCAGGAGGGUGGUGUUUCCCCAGCCACACAGGUCAAAUCUCCAAAACCUCUAGAACCUUUCCAUCCUCCUCAAUCACACCUGCCCCCGGCUGUUGCUGCAGCUGUUGCUGCAAUUAAUGGGAAAAUUAAACCAGAAGUUAGCACAACAACUGUUGGUGUCAACACAUCCCCUAUGAAAACCCAUGCACUUGAUGACAGUCUUCUGAAACUGAAAGAAAGAGCUCAGAAUCUUUACAGUCAGAAAGCACGCAUCCAUCAACGGUAUUUGAACAUGAAUUCAUCUGACAAGGUACUGCAAUUGAGAAUGAAGUUAAAACAGCGAACCAUUGACAGAGUUAAAGCCAUGAGUUCAACUCCAUCUAGAACGGAUCAGGUUCAAUUUAAGGUGGAUAAGUCUUUGGAUCAGUUUAGAGGCCGUCUAGCGUCUGUCAAUGAAUGCCAAGAGACUGUAUCUGCUGAAGAAAGUGAAAUAAACCAAGAAUUGCAAAAUAUCUGUAUGGAGUUCAAGAGAUUGGGCAUGUGGGAUGAAAUUGCCCCUUAUCUCAAUGUAUUUGAACUAGAAAUGGCACUUUUUCUCUGGAUGAUGAUACUUCAUCUAAAGUGGACCAACUUAAACCUGCUCUGGUUACGACUCAGCACUUUUCACCCACAUUAUCGGCCUCUGAAGUUCCAGCUUCCCACUCGCCAUCUGUGAAGAGACAACUGCCCUCCCCUUCAGUGUACUCCUCUCUAUCUCCUCGUCUGAAGAGUGCUGCUUCUAUAUCUCCGAGUGCUGGUGCCCCCAAGGCAGUAAGCCCCCAUCCAUCGCCUUUGUCUACAGCUGGGGCUCUAGCAUUGAAGAAAUCUUCACCUUUGCCACACACCUCCAUAUCUAUGCCCAAUAUUGCAAUCAAGAAGCUGAACAGUUUAUCUCACUCGCCAUCCACUUCUCAAAACAUUUCAGUCAAGAAGCCGAGCACAACUGCACCAUCAACUUUUGCAGUGCCUGGUGUUUCUGCUACCAAAUCACUAAUUAGAGUGAAACAGAUUGGAGGAAUAGGAAUGGGCGACAAGAGAAAGGCCUUGGCAGGAUCAAACCUUGUUUCCUUGACAGGGAAAAGUGGUAAAUUUCUCAAUGUUAAUCGGAAAGGGGGUGUCUCCAAUCCCAAAGUUCAAUUAAAUUUGAACACCCCUAACAAAGUGAAGUUGGCUUGGAACAAGGAAAAUAGAAAUACAACAACAGUACCCACGUCCUCCAAGCCAUUAGGUGUCGCCAAACAAGUUAAGCCAGCAAGUAGCACAAAGCUAGUAAUAAAGCCUGCUCCCAUUUCCUCCAAUGAAACGUUCACAAAAUAGGAGACUUUUUAGAAGAAUCGACUGACGUGAAUACAACAUAUUUUCUUGAUUAUCCGUACUAGGUGGUAUAGGUGUUGUUUCUUGUGAGCUUUAAAUUCAAUUUUAGUUCUUGAUGUUUUUCUGGCUGGUUACCACACCAUCAUGUUCAAUAAUAGAUGAUAGUAUUUAUGCAUUUUGUGGGAAUCUGCAAUAUUGUUGAUUGUUUUUUAAAAUUUUGUAGCAUGUGUAAUGUUUUAAAUUAAAUGACAAAUAAGAAGAUUAUUUUAUAUCUGUUUUAACCCUGUAAACUUAAAGUUUUAGUUAAGUAAUUGUUCCUCAGAUUUAUUUUAACUCAAGUCUUGCCAAAGCAAUUUCUGUAUUAAAGGUCUUUGAUAAUAUAAGAACAAAGCAUUUCAUGUUCAAUUUCAAUGUAGAAAUGCAAUUUGUAGAUAAACUGUAAAUUGUUUAUGUAUAAUUUUGUACAGAUGAAUAAAUGAUAUGUUCUUAUGUAA